GUGUGAAAAAUGUUUAUCUUCUUAAUGAGCCAAUGAGCCACCAAAACUCAUAUUGCUGCUUCAACGCAGGCAACUACCAGCAAGCUCCUUAUUGUCAGACGACGUCCUGGUAUCGAAAACUGCUUAAGCCAUUCGCAUUCUCCAUUAUUACUGCAAUUUUAGCCAUGUCUGUAUCACAUCUCUGUGACAAGUAUUCAGCCAGUAGUUCGUUCAUGAGCAUCAAAUCUGAACUGGAAUAUGUUAGGUCGCAUCUGAGUACCCUUAUGAUAGAAGUUAAGAGCAUCAGAGAGUCCCAUGAAGAUCUCAAGAAUAAACUGCUUGAAAUGGCUUGUGUAAUUCCAAAAUUAUCUGACACUAUGCUUAAACUGAAAAAUGAAGUGGCCGAAGAGAACCUGAGCAACUUGGUACGCCAUGAACUAGAAAUCUAUGAUGCUGAUAAGACAGGGAGAACUGACUAUGCAUUAGAAAGCUCAGGGGGUGCAAUAUUGUCAACAAGAGACACUGUCACUAGUUCUCAAGGUAUUCCUGCACUUUCAUUAUUUGGUGUACCACUGUGUCAGAAGAAUACACCAAGAGCCGUCAUACAGUCAGGUGUACUUCCUGGUGAAUGUUGGGGAUUCAAAGGUAGUGCUGGAUCUGUAGUUAUUAAACUCCUGAAACCAAUUUAUGUAUCUGGUGUCAGCCUGGAACAUAUACCACAAUCUAUCUCACCAACUGGAGAAACUUCAGCAGCUCCAAAAAAUUUUUCUCUCUGGGGAUUGAAACACUUGGAUGACAAGGAACCAUUUCUAUUUGGUAAUUUCAUCUAUGACAAUGAUUCCUCACCUGUUCAAUAUUUCAAGGUUAAGGUACUAGUUCAGGUAUUUAGUGUUGGGUUACGACAUCAGUGUCAAAUUCAAACUAUGUUUUUUUUUUAUAUUAUAACUCGUACAGUCGCUCGUAAGGAAAUGAACCUCCCAAAAAUACAUUGAUCUCGCAACCUCACUGUAAACCCCGAAAUAUUUUUAACAUUAGUCAAGCAUCUUUUUUUUUCCAGAAUCAUGCGAAAAAAUUGUAUGAAAUCGUGGAGGUCAAAGUUCAUUCGAACAACGGUAACGACGACUACACUUGUAUCUAUAGAAUUCGUGUACACGGUUCACAAAGUUCACCAGAUGGAUGAGAAAU